AUGGCUGAUAAACUGACGGAAAAACUGGUCGAUAUGACCAAGAAGCCUUUUGCAAAGCAUCACGGCCAUGGAUCCAAGAAAAAUACGGCAGCUACACGCUCGUCGGUGGCGGUGCGCCAUGACGGGGGUGAAGAUGAGGAUGCCAAUCCCGUGGCUUUCCCCGCGGGCGAUACCGAUGAUGCGGAUCCUAAAAGCAAGGUACCGGAGAAGGAAACGAAGAGCAGCUCGUCGAAGGACAGUGCGCUGAAGGUUAAUUCUCUGAAGGACAACUCUUUGAAAACGGACUCUGUGGAUAAUUCUAAACCAAGAAGGAAGUCGUUUUUAGAAAACGACAAGAUUGAGAAUUUCACGCCAGCGACCAGGAAGAAAAGAGUGAGUUCCCUGUCGCUGAGUGAUCAAUGGAUCAAUGGGACGGCGCCAAUGACGCCCUUGGAUGCAAACGCCGAACGCAACGGCUCGAUUUCUUCGAGUUCUACUAAAUUCUCCAGUAGGAAAAACUCGGUUCUAGUGAGGGAACGCAAGAAAACAAUCGAGCAUGAGCGGGUUGCCUCGUAUGCUUUUGCAUUUGAUAUCGAUGGGGUUUUAAUUAGAGGACCAGAAACGAUUCCACAAGCCCCAAAAGCUCUUAGAAUGUUAAACGGUGAGAACAAGUAUAAUAUUAAGGUGCCCUACAUUUUUAUCACGAAUGGUGGCGGUAGAUCCGAGAAGGCACGUUGCAAAGAUUUAUCCAAAAGACUCAAAAUCACGGUUACCGAAGAUCAAGUUAUCCAGGGGCAUACGCCUAUGAAGGAUUUGGUACCAGUUUACAAGAAUGUUUUGGUCGUGGGUGGUGUUUUGGAUUCAUGCAGAAAAGUUGCAGAAGACUAUGGUUUCAAGAAUGUUUACAUCCCGCUAGAUAUUAUGAAAUGGAAUCCUAGUGUUACGCCGUAUUAUCAGUUAAAUGAUGAAGAAAAGGCAAUUGCCAAGGAUGUUGAUUUUUCUAAAGUGAAUAUCGAUGCAAUUUUGGUGUUUGCAGAUUCAAGAAACUGGGCGGCUGAUCAACAAAUCAUUCUUGAACUUUUGUUGAGUGAAAAUGGUAUAAUGGGAACUAUUUGUCCAACCGCUGAUAGUGGGCCAGGUUUAUAUUUUGCUCAUUCCGAUUUUGUUUGGGCAACGGAUUAUGGUUUAAACCGCUACGGUAUGGGUGCUUUACAGGUUUCUAUCGCUGCAUUAUAUCAAGAACAUACAGGUAAAGAAUUAGAAGUCACAAGGUUUGGCAAACCUCAAAGGGGGACUUUUCGUUUUGCCGAAAAAGUUCUAUCAAAUUGGAGAAGAGAAACUUUAUCCGAGCAUGUUGAACAAUUAAAACUAGAAAGAACUGACAGUAGCAAUACCUCUCAUGAUCAUGAUGAAUCACUUUUCACAGAAUCAGAAACUGAUGCAUUCGAUGAUGAAGAUGAUGAUGAUGACGACGUUAAUGAUGACAACGAUAGCACAACUCAAAUAAAUGAUCCAUUUAGUGAAAAGGGAUUGGAUUUGAGUAAAGGUUCAAAGAUAAUUUUAGAGCUACCACCUGCUUCGACCGUAUAUUUUGUUGGUGAUACUCCAGAAUCCGAUAUCAGAUUCGCAAAUUCUCAUGAUUCUUCAUGGUAUUCCAUUCUUGUCAAAACUGGUGUUUAUCAGGACGGUGCCACACCAAGAUAUACUCCAAAAAAGAUCUGUGAAAAUGUUUUAGAGGCUGUUGAAUUUGCUAUUGAAAGGGAACAUAAAAAGGAAUUGGAAGAAUGGAAUAAAUCAGCUACAGUUGACACACCAGUUGUUGAAGAACGUAGGGAAGUUACCAGGGUAUAA